AUGUCUACUGAAAUCAUAAUCCUCCACCUGCGCGUAACCCCUCGCAACAACCACCACUUCAACCAACCGCGCCAUCGCCCAACUUGGGCUGCCUUCCCCGCCUUCCAUCGCUCACCCUUGCCGAGUGCUCGGCCCAGUGGCGACAGCGGCGACAUGGCCGGCGAUGACCGCAAGCGCCCGCUGGACGCGGACAGCGGUCUCCCAUAUGGAUACUAUGGAAACGGCCAGGGUUAUCCUGAUGCGCCGGGAUACCCCCCAGGCGUCCCGGGAGCGCCUUCCAGUUACGGUUCGAUUCCAGGCAUGCAGAUGCCAACUGGUAUGCCCCAACAGGUGUACGAUGGCGACCCGUCCAAGCGCCGUCGCCUCGACAUCGAGCCACAGCCUGGUAUGAUGCAGAUGCCGCCCGCGUUUGCGCCCAUGUCGUUCCCGAACAUGUACCCCCAGCCGAGCCAGGCCGCCUUCGUUCCCGGCAUGUCGUCGCAGAUGGGCCAGUCUAUGGCCCAGGCCCAACAACAACCUCAACAGCUCCAGUCCCAACCCGCACAUCAGCCCCAACAGCGCGCGACACACUCGCCAUUAGGGUCAUUUCCUUCUCCGCAACAGUUUGCGUCGAGUGUAUCGCCCCCACCAGCGUUCGCCGGGCCCUUUCCAUCUCCGAGCCAGUUCCCUCCACAGUUCUCGACAUCGACAUCGCCAUCAGCAUCAUCAUUCAUGCCACAGCUGUCGCCAUCCAUGCCGUUUACAGGACAGUCAAUUCCUCCGGCAUCACAGUAUCCAGCAUCUGGAUCGCCGGGCCAAGCGUUCGCCAGUCCACAGACGUACUACUCUCCGCCGAUGGGUGUUCCGAGUGCGUACCAGCAGCAGCAACAUCAGCAGCAGCAACAUCAGAAGCUGCAACAACAGCAGCAGCAGCAGCAGCAGCAACAGCAGCAACAACAGCAACAUCAACUCCAGUUAGCUGCCCGGAAGGCUGCAUCGCAACAGCAACGCCAGGGGUCGAUGGCAUCGUCCUCAUCACCGGGCUUGCAGGCUGCCCAGCUGCAACAGCAGCGCCAGCUCCAGAGGCAACAGUCGUUUGGAUCGCCGGGUUCACUUCCGAACCAACCCUCGCCUUCCUUACCAUCGCCUCAGUUGCCUCAAAUGCACUCUCCCCAGUUAUCUCAACUGCAGACUCAGCAGUUUGGAUCACAAGUCAACCGUGGAGUGCAGCCUUCCCCUGUGACGCAAUAUCCAUCUUCUCUCCCUCAGGUCCAACGACAGCAGUCCUUCGGGUCGUGGACUGGUGGAGGAACGCAGUUGCCGCCAUCGUCCCAGCCUUCGCCCCAAAUGUCGCAGAACCAAGUGCCGCAGAGUCAGAUGGCGCAAGGCCAGAUGUCGCAAAGCCAGCUGCCGCAAAGCCAGAUACCGCAAAGCCAGAUGAUGCCGCAAAGCCAGAUGCCGCAAAGCCAGGUGUCCCAGAGCCCGCCUCAAACGCAGAUCAGCCUGCAACGACAAUUUCAACAACAACAACAGCAUCUGCGGCAGCAGCAGCAGCAGCAACAGCAACAGCAACAGCAACAGCAGCAGCAACAAGGAUUGCCCAGUGGAUCGCAGGCAUCCUCCAUUGAGAGCUCCUACGCUACUGGCGUGGCCCAAAUUCAGGCGUUCAUCAAAGGAUCCCAAGCAAACAAUAGCAGCAACAACAACAUGGGAGCGCAGGCAUCACUGCCAGGAUCCCAGUUUGACUGGCAGCAGCAAAUCAACCAGCUGCCCAACGCCCCGCGGGUCCAAACGCCCCAGCAGACGCAGCAGCAGGUGCGCCCUAUGCCGUCACCUGUACAGACAGCAGCGCCGCAACGCUCGCAGCCCGCGUCUCAAUCGCCCCAUCUUUCUCAACAGCCGCUAUCGUCAUUACAGCAGCGCUCCCCGCAACUUUCUCAAUCCUCGCAAGAGCAGCAGCACCGUUCACCGACAUUCAGCCAACCGCAGGCCCCAACACAGAUGUAUCAGAGCCAGCAGCCAUACCUUGCGCAACCUGGAUCUCAGACCCAGCAACCACCUCCGAGAAAGAAGUCCCACCCGUCCCCGCUGGUACAGUCGCAGAGCGCUUCGCAUGUUCCUAUGGCAUCCCCAGUCGACCUUGGCCGCUCUCCAAACUUCUCUGUUCAGCAGCCUCCCCAACCGUCGCCGCGUGUGGCUGUUCCGCAACAACCGCCAAGCCUGUCCUCGCCCCAGACACAAUCCCUGCCGCAACUUUCGGCCCCGCUGCAGCAACAGCACGGCCAACAGUUCUCAUUACCUACGGGGUCGACGUCCCAGCAGUCACCUCAAAAUAUGUCCCAGCAGUGGCUUGCUCAGUUAAACAAGGCGCAGAAGCAGCAGCAAGCUAGGAAAAUGUCCCAGCAGUCGCCUGUUGAGCAGUCGCCUGUGCAGCAGCCGCCUGUUCAGCCGUCGCCGCCGGUCCAGCAGCCCCAUGUUCAGCAGUCACCUAUCCGACAGUCACCUGUUCUGCUUCAGCAGCAACCCCAGCAACCUCAGCAACCCCAGUUCCAUCUGCAGAACAUGUCGCCGCAGUCCAUGCCGGCACACAUGUUCCAUCAGCCCCAGCAAAUGUCUCACUCUGGGUCAACCCCUCAAGCCCAGCCGCCCCUGGCGGACUCGGGGUCCAUUCCCAGCUUGCAGUCGGGCUCGCAUCUUCCACCAGCCCAACGUACAUCCCAUCAGGUCGUGAACGUGCCACGGGUGCAGCAGGCCGCCGCUCCUCCCACCGCCGCUCCUGUGCAACAACAAGCUCUUCCACAGGCUCAGCUUCAAGCUCCUCCCCCUCAGCAGUACCAGCAGCCUCCAAUGAUGCCGCAGGGAGUCUCACCCAUGGAUAUCUUCCCGCAGGCCAGGCGGCCCGCCCAGCAGACACCUCAGCAUGGCCAGGAGCUGGGGCCGUCACAUACUCAUGCGGACCGUACUCUGCAAUCUGGCCUCCCACCUACACCGCAGUCACGCCCUCCGCACACGUCGGUGUCUCAGGAGCACAGGCCCAAACUGGAGCGUGUCCCCGAUGUCGCGCUCUUGUACCACACAGCCGUGAAUUCGCAUCACGCAGCGACGCUUCACCUCCGCCAGGCCUUCAUCCCCGCGUCUGUGGCAGUUCCGACAGAUCCAAGCUGCCCCACGCUGUCCUUGAACACCGCUACUGGAAUUGUGCCCUACACACCAGACCCCCAUGCCGGGCAGAAGGCAUUGCGCCUGUUGGUUCUUGCGCUUGACCUGCUCCAUGUCGGCCUCGUUACCCCAGGCCUCUCGGACAAGGAGAAGGCCGCGUUUGGUCUCGAGUUUGCCCAGGUCGGUCUCAAGACGCUGACCGCUGCCGACUCUAUCAAGCGCAUGCGACGGGAAGAACGGGCGGCGUUUGGCCUCGAGAUUGACACCAAUGCGCUGAAGGAUGAUGUGGAGAGCACAAUUAACAAAUCUCUGGCGAUUGCUCAGAAGGUGCACCUAAAGGAGUACCGCCACGGACUGGAACUCGCCAACGCUCGCAUGGCGUUUAUGAAGCAGGAGAAGGGCAAGGUCGGUAUGCGCCUUAUCAAGCAGGCGCUGGCCUCAACCUCCCGGGACGAGUACAUCCACCGAUACAACCUGUAUCUUCUCCUUCUCGACCACCUCAACGAGAUCAACCAUGGCGACUUUUUCAAGGUCGCGUCCGAGCUUGAGACCGAGGCCAAGUCGAUGGGCCACACCCAGCUCGUACAGCUUGUCCAGAUUGCACGAGUCGAGGCCCACUUUGCCCAGCGCAAGUGGGACCGCCUGGGUGCCGUUCUCGAGGAGUGUGGCACCAACCUCGGCAUUGCAAAGGAGAACCCGGACCCGAAGAAUCCAUGGCUUGCGUCCCUCACCGCGCACUUCCUCCUCCUUCGUGGACUCCAUGACGGACGCUCGGGCCAGGACGCGAGUGCCAAAGCCCACUUGAAGCGUCUGUAUGGUCUCAUGGACGACGCAGCGGAGUCGGGCGUGUUCAACGAAAUGAGGGCCAACGGCGGUGUUGUCAAGAUGUCUUUAGGCGGACCAUCGGGACUGCAGGAGCUCCUGGUGCAAUCGACUCCGAUCAAUGUGCUCUACGCACUUACGUAUCUGACUACGGUUGUGUCACGACGUGACCUCAUGGGACCCGACAGCACCUGUCGCGCUCUCGUGCAUGCCCGCGCGAUGCGAGAGUGGGAGACUGUGGCUCGUGCCGAUGACCUCUGGGACAGCGGAUUCUCGUCUCUCCACGGUAUUGCGGAUGCGAUUGAGCUGCGACAAACGAUCAUGACGCUCCGCGCCGAGAUCAUGAUGGAGGAGGUUCUAGCACUGCUAUGCCGCUCUGCCAUUGAAAAGGCCGACACGCUUCUCACUCAAGUCGUCCAGCACCUGCGCGCGUGCAAUCUCUUCCAGACACAUCUGCCACAGCUGGCACUGCUGUAUGCCCAGUUUGCGCACGUCCUGGGACGCAAGGAGGUUGCGGUGCGGUACUACCGCGCUGCUCAAGCGACCAUUGUCCCUGGGUCUGAGCUCCGGCUCAUCGUCGACAUUGGCCUGCUCGCUGCCAAUGGCGACUUUGAGGACCUAAAGGGCAACCACGAUCGGGCGUUGAAGCUCAACAUCCUGGCCGACCAGUGUCGCUCGGGGUCCAACGCGCUUUUGCACGGCGUCGGCAACUUUUUAUCGAGCAUCACCGACCCGGAGCGCGUGUCCUCAAAGCGCAAACUGACCAUGGCGUACGAGAUCUGUCGUAAGGGCAACCACAACAUGCUCUACUGCCUGAUAUUUGCGUUCACGACCGGCGCGCACAUGUACGGCGACCGCGAGCGCCAGCUCAAGCAGCUCGAUACAGGCCGCCAUGUCGCCAACCUCCUGGGUGGUCGAGACCGCCCAGACGGCAUUGGACAGCCGAUCCUCGGUCUGUGGUAUGCCGUCAAGCUUAAGGACCAGUACCGCCUGGCCGGCCGGUUCGACGACGAAGCCGAGGCGCAGAAGAGCGCCGAUGCGCACCUGCGGCGGAUCCGUGAGAUCCGCGACUAUGCUGUCAGACGGUUCCCCGAGUGA